UUAAAGAAACGCCGAGAGGGAGGGGACGCCAGCGUAAUAUUCCCACCGUUUUUUCUCCCUCUCCUCUCCUCUGCUCCGUAGAGCCGAAAAAACAAGGGCAUCCAUCGGUGUCUUUAAUCUUCCUCACAUCUCGUCACCGAGCCCGACAUAUACUUGACAUUUUUCUUGAGCUGCUGUUGAAGCGUAUCUGUGUGUAGUGGUGGUGGUGUGUGUGUGUGUGUGUCUGUCUGUGUGCGCGCGUGUGUGUGUCCUUCUCCACCUGGAGGUUUGGUGUGUUUUCAGCCAGCGGGGGACAGCCGUGCCGAGCCGAGCGGCAGGGGCGUGAGAGGCGGAUGCUGCGAGCGUAGAGGCUGGGUACCAACCAGGAGCAUCACCGCACUCACCACGAUGGACAGAAUGAAUUUUCUCUCCUUUCUCCUCCUUUGCUUGACUUCGGUUGCCAAUGGCAACAAAGCCAAUAAGCACAAGCCAUGGAUCGAGACAGAGUACCAGGGGAUUGUCAUGGAGAACGACAACACCGUGCUGCUCAAUCCCCCGCUCUUUGCCCUGGACAAAGAUGCUCCACUUCAUUACGCUGGUGAAAUCUGUGGCUUCCGUGUUCAUAAUGGCCCCUCGGGUUCAGGUUCAGUCCAGUUUGAAGCUGUGGUUCUGGACCGCUCCACCGGCGAGGGUCUGGUCCGGUCCAAGGAGCCACUGGACUGCGAGAGCCAGCGGGAGCACAGCUUCACCAUCCAGGCCUACGACUGCGGAGAGGGUCCGGACGGAGUCAAUAGCAAGAAAUCUCACAAGGCCACCGUGCAUGUUCGUGUAAACGACGUCAAUGAGUUCUCCCCCGUGUUCGUCGAGCGUCGCUACGAGGCUUCAGUCCCAGAAGGGCGUCUGUUUGACCGAAUCGUGCGCGUGGAGGCUCUGGAUGCCGACUGCUCCCCACAGUACAGCCAGAUUUGCUUCUAUGACAUCAUCACUCCCAAUGUGCCCUUCGCUAUUGACAACGAUGGUAACAUUAAGAACACGGAGCCGUUGGAUUCGAAGCAUCAGCGCGUUCACACCUUCUGGGUGACCGCCUUCGACUGUGGAAAGAACCGCGCUCAGGCUGACGCCCAGGUUGUUGUCACGGUCAAGCCGUCCUGCAAACCCGGAUGGAUCGGAUGGACCAAGCGUGUAGAGUACACACCCGGGUCAGGGAGCAUCCCCCUGUUCCCCAGUUUGCAUUUGGAGACCUGUGAGGAGACUGUGUGGAACAUCCAGGCCACCGUAGAGCUCCAGACCGGCCACAUCGGGAAGGGCUGUGACAGAGACAGCUACUCUGACAGAUCUGUGCGCCGACUGUGUGGUGCUGUCAGGGGCGAAGUAGAUCUCCUCCCACCUCCAUCUCCUGCAGCCAACUGGACCUCAGCUCUGCCCACCCUCCCGUCUUCUGAUUCAUCCCUGGUCUUCUCCUUCAACGGAUCCAACCAUGUUGCCGUGGUGCCGGACUCGGUCGUCUCGGCGUUGUCAGGCGACCACUUCACCCUCCAGCUGUGGAUGCGAAGGGGCGGGGCCAGCAUCCAGCCUGCGACCACUCAGACCAGAGGAAAUCGCAAAGAGGAGGAGACCAUCGUGUGCAGCACUGUCAAGAACGAUGACUCCUUCUCCCACUACUCCCUCUCCGUCCACGGCUGCCGCCUCUCUCUUUUCUACUGGCCCGACGUCUCCGCCGCACGGCCUGUCAAGUUCUUAUGGAAACUGGAGCAGGUGUGUGACAGUGAGUGGCAUCAUCUUUCACUCAGUGUCCAGUUUCCCUCAGUGACCCUGUAUGUGGACGGUGUGACCUUCGACCCCGCCCUCAUCCAUGACAAUGGAGCUAUCCCCAACCCUGCCCCUCGCCAGCGGAUGUUCAUCGGCGCCUGCUGGGAGCCCGAAGAGAAGCAGAAGGAGAUACUAAACAACACCAUCCCAGAGGCUAAAGACUCAGUGAAGUAUGUUGGCGGUUACCAUGGCCUGUUGUCUGGGGUGACGGUGCGUCCCGGCAGCGUGGAGCCUCACAGUGUGGUGGAGUGUCUGUACGCCUGCAGGGAGGGGCUGGACUUCGGAGACUUGGAGACUCUGGGCUCUGGCAUGAAGGUUCAUGUGAACCCCAGCCAGUCAGUGUUAGUGCUGGAGGGAGACGACAUCGAGAGCUUUAACCGUGCAGUGCAGCAGGUCACCUACAGAAACUCUCUACGCUUCGCCACCCCUGGAGUCCGACCCCUCAAACUUACCACCUCACUCAGAUGUUUCAACGAGGAGAGCUGCCUAUCUCUCAAGCAGUUGGAGGGCUACCUGGUGGUUCUCCAGCCUGACGCCCCUCAGAUCUCCCUGUCCGGGGUCGGCCCUCAUCUGGCUCGUCCUGCCCCUGAGUUCGAAGGUCCCCGCGGUGUCCCCCUUUUCCCCGAGCUGCGGAUCGUCUGUUCCCUGUCUCACGCUGUCAACACUGCUGCACAGGGCAUGGAGGGUGGAGCUCUGAUGUCCGACGCCGUGGCUCACACCUUGGACGGAUGUGAGGUCCAACCACUGGGGGAGGAGCUAAACCCAGAGAGGGAAGAGCUUCUGGUGGAUAUGGAUGUUGUGCGAGAGAGAGGACUGGAAAUCAUCAAUACCACUGCUUAUAUUGCCAUCACAGGAGCCGAAUCCAUCUCUGUGUACGAGGACGUCCUUCGCUCAGUCCGCUACCGACUGGCCAAAGGCUCAGCCCGCUUUGAGAGGCGGUUCCGCCUGUCCUGCUCUGAGAUGAAUGGCAGAUACACCAGCAACGAGUUGACUCUGGAGGUAAAUUUCCUUCACUCUCUGGACAGUCUGUACCACCCGUCCCACCUGCUGGCCUCCCAGCAGCAGUUUCUUCACCCAUCCCACCACGCUGGGGAGUUGAGUGGACACACCCUGCCCAAUCCACACCGCAACUCAGUGGUACCAGGAGCAGCCACCGUCAUUAUAAUGGUGUGUGUGGGUUUCCUGGUUGUCAUGGUGAUCCUGGGCGUUUUCCGAAUUCGCUCCAUCCAUCGCCGUGGUGAAGGUGCCAGAGGCGGGGCCAAGGAGGGCAGCAGCCAAUGGGACGACUCUGCACUCACCAUCAUCGUCAACCCAAUGGAGUCCUAUGAGUCUCGCAUGGGCAUCUGUGCCGAAAACGAAGGGGAGGGGGAGGAGGAUGAGGAGGUAGCAGAGUCACCUGACGACGCGAGCGACGACCAGCGAAUCAUCAUCAAGAAAGAGGGAAGAGACGGCAACGCCCGUCGCUACUGAGCCACAUGUAUCCCUGCACCAGUUCUCAUGGAAACCACAAACCGGCUCACCAGUCACACACUUCAACACUUUUAAUAUCAACGACUGCUGACACCACUAGUAUAAGGAAUGUAUGCUUACAAACACUACGCACAACACAGUCACUGUAAUACUCUUGACACGCAAUGCCAUAUGUGACCUAUAGCCAACAACAGGCUGUUGUUCUCCACCUAAAUGUUCAAUGGCACAAUGUAUACAGUUAAUGUAAUUUAACCGCCUGAGCAAACCCCACCAGAAUUGUACGUGGUGCACCAGUUCUAAAUCACACGAUGGUCAUGUGUCUGUAUAGUGUAAUACUGGUUGAAUGAGAUUUAUUUCUUUUUUUUUCUUCUUUUUUAAAAAAAAAAAAAAAAGAUUGUAUUCUAUCUUUUGUUAUCGAACACAGAAUGAAAUCUUUACAAAACUGAAAACUGGAACAAUACACAACAUGCAGGCCUUGAAUAGAUCUGUAGGCACAGACACAAGCCUUGAUCCUGACAUGUCUCUGCGCUCCCUUAUUAGACUGACUCGAGAAGUCUGUGCACAAGCUCUUUUCUCCCUCUUUGCAUCCUCUCUCGACACAUUCCUCGACUACCGUUACCCGCAGAGUGAAGACAGUGAGGUCAGACAUUAUGGUCACUCUCCAGCGUAUUCACAAAACCUAAAAAAAACUGAUAUGCUUUCAGGUAUUUUUCUUUUGGUAUUGUGACUACUUUAGUGCUUCAGCUCCUGACUAUAUUUUAUAUAGGGCUGAUGAUAAGAUUUGAGGACUAUCAACCAAUAAACCUCAUCCUUUACACAAGUUGGUACUUCUGCAAUACUCUGACAAUACAAACUAAAAUCCUCUUGGUGUUGAGUCCAUGAUAUGUUAGUGAGGUUUCUGGUUCAAAGUGGGGUCUUUCAAAGUUUCAGCUUGUGCCGCUAAACGACAAAACAUCACCAUCUACAAUAAAACUGGUGUAACCCAACCUCUGACCCCCCCCUCCCUCCCAGUGACCGCUGGAAUGUCUCUAAAUGACUCUCACUGCACUGUUUCACUCACUGCACACUGCUCUUACAAUAACUGCAAGACAUCACACGCAAACACACACACACACACACACACACACACACACACACACUCCAUAAUGCUACCCCUGCUGUCUCCAGAAUGUCAGCUCAGCUUGGGCAGUUUUGAUUGUAUUGAUUGUAAUGAAUUUUCUGUACAUACAAUGAUGAAUAUUAUGAUAUUAUUAUUAUUAUUAUUACUAUUAUUAUUGCAGCCACUCUUUCUCUUUUUCUGCACACUUUGAGAGGGAGCAGAUUAUGAUUUACUUUUUUUUUUUUCUCCCCAUUUUCAGUAAUCACCUUGACAGCAUCAGAAAACAUUAUAAUAAUAAUAGUAGUAGUGAUAAGGAUGAUAAUCCCUGGCUUGAUGAGUGUCUCUUAAUUUGUGUGUAAUAAUGUUGUAAUUUAAGAACUUGUCAAUAUCUGAAUCACAGAAAAAGGAGGGCACAUUGUUGUGAUACUUAGAUACGUCUCACUCAUUUUAUCUUUCACACUUCCAAAUACUUUUUUUUUUUCACAUUUCAAAACCUUUUUUAAAUUUUUUUAUUCACUUACCUCUCCAUCCGAUAUCUUUGAUUCAGUGAAUGUCCAACUGUGUGCUUCUCCUCACCUCUCCCUCCCUCCCCCCUUGCCUCCUUGCCUUUUUCCUUCACCUCUCCCUCACGCUCCCUCUGUGUCUCUUGCUGUCUGUCUGUGUAGCCUAUCAAUGUGCAGUGCUAAACCUGUCAGUAAAUAAAGCCUGUCGUUUUUUGAGUGUGAUGUUAAGAAGGAAUAAACAUUGCAUCGAUUAAUAACUUAUAUUAUUACUAUGUUACUAUUGGAACAUUAUCUGUAAUUAUUGAUACAAUGAUGACAUGGAUUAUGCUGACUAAUUGUUAUUGAGAACUGUCAGAAAACAUUACAAAAUUCAUAAUAAAAACACUAUAUGACGUC